UAAAAUUUGUAUGAAAAUAACACAAACAUUAGAUUUUAAAUGCACUUUGUACACUAUUUUGUAUAAAACUAUUCCGUUGUGACUUUAUCGUUCCGUUAUUUGAAAUGUACUGAUCAUAUGAAACUGUAUUUCUUUUUUCUAGGUAUGCCAGAAGAAAAGAAGGAGGAAAGGAUAAAAAUAUGGCGUAAAAUGUACUAUAACUGCAACACAUACAGCAAUGGUUAUGGUGGGGAAAUUAUGUGUAUAUACCUAACGAAGGUGUUUUGGUCUCUAUGGCCUAGCUUGUUUCUUGCUUCUUGCAUAUUUUAUGUGUCUACUCAAUGCAUCUUUUGUGUAUCUACUCCAUUUUGCAAGCAUAGCUAUGAAUUGCACCUAUUCUAUGCAUAUUUUGUAUAUCUACUCCAUUUUGCAAGCAUAGCUAUGAAUUGCGCUUUGCCGCGUAAAAAUUAUUACCUUAUAUUUGCUUUUCUACCUGUUUCUGUGUGUCUGAACCAACAAAAGGUAAUCAUCAUAGUCUCAUGCAAGGCCUUGGUUUUGGAUUUAUGGGCUAUAUUUCAUGUUUAACAUGUCAACAUUAUUAGGUUAUCUUAUGGUUAUCAUGACAUGUCCGCCAAUUAUGCAUUAUUUGUAAUGUUUAAAUUAGUGGUUUUGUUAAAAGGUUCUAUGUUUUGGGUAUAUCUCAUAAAAAGGUUUUGCAAUUUUAUAUCAUAAUUUGAAGCAUUUCUAAUUGAUAUAUUAUUUCUAACUAUUCCAAUUUUUCUAAAUCCUUUUAUAAGAGUACCUAUGUCCAUAUAAAAUUUACGUAUGUCUAUAUAACAUUCAAAACAACAUAAUAUAUGUGAAAAUAUUGCUUUCCCUACUGCUUAUCUAUUCAUAUGUAUAUUAUUUUGUGUAAAUACACCAUUUUCCCCAAACAUUAUCACUAGUUGCACAUUGCCGCGUGAAUCUUAUAUUAGUGUGUCUACCUGUUUUACAUAAAAACGAAGGCAAGCAUCAUAAUCUCAUGCAGGCCUCAAUCUUAAAAAUGUUUGGACCAGUAUUCCAUAUUGAAAAAUAUGUUCAUAUUACGAGGCUACUGCCUGGUUUUUGAUAUAAGAGUAUUUAUGUAUGUAAUAAUUAGAUUAGAACAGAAUAUAUUUUGAAACAGAAUAUAUUUUGAAAGGUAAAUCUUUGCGGUGUAAUAAUCCUUAAGUUUGGUGAUUAAUAAUGGGAAUUGCAUUAGAGGUAGGUGUUAUGUGGUGAAUCUUAUCUGUAUUCCAAAUUAUGCUAUACUAAUGUUUUAUUAGGUUGUUUACCUCGUUUUAAUUUAUUUGUAUAUACAAAACCUAAAGAUUUAUGUUGACCUCGUGUGUAUAUGCAAUAAAAGUAGAUUUACACAGCUUUGCAUGUCAAAAUUUAAUUUUGACCUUGCCUAUAUAUGCGUAAAUUAUAGGUAUUUUUUAGUGAUUUCUUACUCUACCUGUUUGAAAAACCUUUAUUGGGCCUAUCAAAUUUUAUUAUUAUCCAUGCAUUAUUCCAUGCCUAAAUAGUGGAAUCUUAUCGUUAUGGCAACCUUUUGAAAUAUAUUUCUAGGUAUUACAUUGAUGCGAGAUUAUCUUUUCAUGUUGUGGUUGACUAUAUAAGAGUGUUCAAUUUACCACAUUCAUAUUACUUGUCUUUAUCUUUCAACAUGGAUACAUCAUUAUCAAAGAGUUCUAAUGAAGAAAUGGUUCGGGUAUAUACCAAGGAAGAGAAAAGGGUACGCGCUUAUAAGAAGACUAUUGUACCAUUACUUGAACUACGGGAUGUACGCAUAGAUGAUUUAGAUAUGGAAGAUAUCUGUGGGAAUGUGCCUUUAAAGGCUUCAGAUUACAGAUAUGGAAUUACAUAUAAAGAACUAUAUGGCCUUUCAUCAACCUCCGAAUAUGACUCUAAUGCAUCUUGUUCGCGUUACCGCGGUAGUUUUGUUAAAGGGGGUAAGCUGCUGCAUUUAAGGUACCCCUGCCGGUGUUCAGGAUGUAUAACCGGUGUUUCUUGCAAAUGUGUAUGCGAAGAGUGCUAUGGUGACGAUCUUCCAAAAUGUAGAUGCAUACCCUCUAAAACCCAACGUAAAGAAGCCUUACGUAAAUUGAUUGGUCCCACAGAUACUAGUGUAUCCGAGAUUGAAAAUGAUGGUGCAUCUGGUUCUGUUAAUCCUACAAAACGACGUUUAUCUAGUACCGGUUCAAUGGGCGAUUAUGUGCUGGAGGAAGAGUAUUCAAUGGAGGAUGCCAAACGAGAUAUACUAGAGGAGACCCGUUCUUAUGUCCCGUAUCAUAAAUAUCCGCGUAAGGGAAUGUACUCAGAUUCCUCAGAUUAAAU